GUCCUCGUUUUAAAGUCAAAGUUAAUUCAUCGUUCCUUGGAAGUGAGACGAGAGGAAGCAAAAAAUGGAGUUAACCUUGCUGCUUCUCCUGCAGUUAUUGUCAAUCUUUGCUGCUGCUGUACUAAUACUGGGUUUGAUAUUUAUCAAGAUCACAACAAAUGAUGUCACCCCUGUUAUUGGGCGAUAUGAUUGUGAGAAGAUUUUCAAAGAUCCAGCAACUGGGGAGAAACAGAAAUUUCCAUUUUUAGAUGAUAAAUCAUCUAUAUUAUUAUCAGUUGUUGUUCCUUCUUAUAAUGAAGAAUCCAGAUUACCAGUGAUGUUAACUGAAACAUGUGACUAUUUGGAAAAGAGGGAGAAAAAUGAUCCUGCAUUUACAUAUGAGAUUAUUGUUGUGGAUGAUGGGAGUAAGGACAAAACUACAGAGGUUGCAUUAAAUUUCGCACGAGAGAGAAAGUCUUCUAACAUUAGAGUCUUAACUUUUAAAAAAAACAGAGGAAAGGGAGGUGCUGUGAGAAUGGGCGUGCUAAGCUCACGAGGUGAAAAGAUAUUGAUGGUUGAUGCUGAUGGGGCUACAAAGUUUGAAGAUUUGGACAGCGUUGAAAAGGCAUUAGACGACUUAAAAGGGGGAAGGAAUGGCAUGGCAGUGUCUGUAGGGUCCAGGGCUCAUUUGCAGGAUGAUGCUGUUGCCCAGCGAAACUGGUUACGAAAUAUUCUUAUGUACGGCUUUCAUUUCCUUGUGUUCUUUUUGUGCGUCAAAGGGAUCAAGGAUACACAGUGUGGUUUUAAGUUGUUCACAAGAAAAGCAGCAUUGCGGCUAUUUUCGUGUCUGCAUGUAGAGAGGUGGGCAUUUGAUGUCGAAUUGUUAUAUAUUGCUCAGUGCCUUGGUAUUCCAAUAGCUGAAGUUGCAGUAAAUUGGCAAGAGAUCGAUGGAUCUAAGAUGAUACCGAUAUUUAGCUGGUUACAAAUGGGUAAAGAUUUGCUGUUGAUUCGACUUCGUUACGUCAUCAGUGCAUGGAAGAUUGCGGAAGGCCCAGCAACGGUCAUUGACUUGAAAUAGAGGAAUUGGCGCAUUGAUUAGCUAGGAUAUUUCUUGAUUUCUAAUUGUAUUUUAAAUGAACAGUCAAUUAAAUUGUGUUUAUGAAGCUUCAGGAAUACGCUGCGUCUUAAACCUUUUAGAUAUUUUUAGGACAGGUGAAAGGUUCUGGAAAUCGCUUGAUGAUCAACUGUGUUUGUGAAACAUUUUCAAAAUAACGACAGAAGUUUGACAACCAUGACACUGCAUCAGCUUUAUGUAACCUUUUAGAGUCCUAAAGGACCACUUUUACGACUAAUGUUUUUUCUAUUAGUAUUCUGUAUGAUUUUAAGCAUGAAAUUAGGCUGCUUAAAAUUGCGUCAAACUUAAAGGCCCUUUCGCAACCGGCAAGCUUAGCGGCUGCUGUCUGGAGAAAUUGAUCGUGUUUUGUAUUUUAAUGCAGUACGACUGGAUUUGAAAAUACAGCCCUAAAACAUACCCGUUGCGCUGAGUAUUGAAGUUUAUUCUUGAAGGCUUUCCCUCUUUUUGAUGACUUUCAUGUUGCUAUUACAAUGCUAAUAAAGUAUUCGCCAAUUGUAAUUUUUAUGAAAACAGAGAAAAUGCA